AUGGCACAGUGGUCGAUAGGUGUUGCCGUAGUCGCGGAGCCCUAUUCUGUCCCUCCCCGUCCAAACUGGAUGGGUGACUGGGACGGCUCCGUGGCAGUCGUCGGUUCCACGACGGCUCAUUCCCCGCCCUUGUCGCUAAGAGACAAGGGCACUGGAUAUGUUGCCGUCGAGUGGGGGGGGAUCACCAUAUAUGGUGUCUAUUUCUCCCCCAACCGGAGUUUGAACGACUUCGAGGUUUUCCUAACCAGUUUGGAGACCUCGAUACGGCGACUAGCGUCUGGGCACGUCCUUGUGCUGGGGGACUUCAACGUAAAGUCCAUUGCGUGGGGUACCCCCAGGACGGACGCCAGGGGCGAGGCCGUAGAGGAGUGGGCGGCCUCGGUGGGCCUCUGUCUUCUAAACAGAGGCUCCACCAACACGUGCGUGCGACAGCAGGGGGGGUCGAUAGUGGACCGCUCGUUCACUACCCCUGCCCUCGCCGCACGAGUAAGGAACUGGCGUGUCCUGGAAGAGGUUGAGACGCUCUCGGAUCACCUGUAUAUCCGAUUUGAGCUCUCCCGGACCCAGGACUCCAGUAGGGGUCACGUGGCGCGGCGUUUAUCCCGCUUUCCGCGGUGGGCUGUUGCCAGGCUGAACCGGGACCUACUAGAGGAGGCAGCCAUAAUUCACUCGUGGCUGUCUCCUCAGGCUCCGACCGAGGAGGUCGACGUGGGGGCUGGCCGCUUUCGCGAUGCGAUUACGCAUGUAUGCGAUGCGGCCAUGCCCCGCGUUCGAGGUCGUCGGCCUCCAAGGAAGGAGGUCUACUGGUGGUCCCGAAGCUGGCGGACUUUCGUGCGGCCUGUACACGUGCCCGGAGGUCCUACACGCGCAGUCGGCGGCGUCACCGUGGAGACGGUGAGGAGGACCGGCUUCAUGAGGAGUACCGACGGGCGCGGAAAACUCUGA